CCUGCUAUCCCAUGCUUGCCUAAAGAAUUCUCCACCUCUCGCUCACUAGGACCUCCCGGCUCGACGGCCCUCCCAGCCCCCACGCUGCGCCUGCUCGCAGAGGAGAAGGACCGUGCAUCCGCGAACAAGAAGAAAGACGAGCUUUGGAGUAGCUUUCGAUCGCUGGACGCGGACUACGCCAAGUUCACGUCCAAGUCCUCGGCUCAGAAGGCCAGCGUUGUGCGCACCACAUUGAUUCCAUUCUUGCGAAAUUAUGCAUCUCAUCCUUCCAACAAGAUGCUGCGACCAGAAGAUCUCGACCGGAGAGCCAACAUUCUGAACAAAUGGUGGACUGGGUUGAUCGAGAUGCUCCACGGCAGGAACAAUCAAUCGAUAUCUGGAACUGACAGACCUAUUGUUCUCGAUGGAGUCGCUGGUAUCAUGGAACGGCCAGAGUGGAGACUUUCUCCAUCUCCUUUCUGUCCCCUGAAAGAUCGAGUGAGAGCCUCACUUACUGCCCGAGGUCACUCAAGCACGUCGCUCGCUUCUAGCUCUUCUGACUUUUUGGCCGAAUCCGUCGUUCACAACACUCGGAACAUCUUCGUUCAGAACUUGACUGCACAAAUGGCAUUUGUUGUGGAGAAAAUGUCCUCACGCCAUGCCUCCCCCAGUCUUGUUGCGUUCUGCGGCAAGGCUUGUGCAUACGCUUUCAUGUUCGUGCCAGGCAUGGCGGACAUCCUGUCCAGAAUAUGGGAGCUCUCCAUGGACACCAUUCGGCGAGUCCUUUCGCAGCACGACGUCGGCAAGUUCGACCGGUUGGAUGAGAUUUCGGACGAUGUUCUCGCCAACUUCCCGGCCCCAUUACAUCAGCUCGGCUUCACCUCGUUGAUGAAGAUGAUGCGCACUUUGCGCAAUCCGCCUCCGCUACCUCUCGGGACAAACAAUAUUCAAUGGUGGGGCCCGUGGCUCGAACGCUGGAGCGGCCGUGAGAGCGACCUGUUCUAUGUCUUUGUCAAACAAUACCACUUUCUGGCUGUUGGAUUUCUCCGAUCCGAAUCCACUCCUCGCGAGCGGCUCUGCGCCCCGGGCAUGCUUCUCGUACACGCACAGAUCCUCGCCAACCUCGAUGCGACCAUUCAUCGAGACGCCUCGCGUUCGCAGCCGGACUGCAGCACGCCUGUAACCUCCACCACUUUCGACGAUAUGCUCAACGGCGACCCAGACGCUGUGGCAUCUGCAAUUCCUGUUUUACCCAGUCACACCGUAAGAGCAAUGGCCGAGAACCGGCUGAUAAUGUUAAUGCGAGACUUCCUCUCCGACCGGACAUCUGAACAUCCCAUCGCGCGGGAGAUUUUCGCGGUGUCGUUCAACAAACUGCUGCAGGCGGCGGUGCAAGGAACUUCAAUGUUCGACCAUAGUGCUUGUUAUACUCUAUUGGAUCUCCUGGAGGAAGCACUUCCGAUCUUGACGAGAUUCGAGGGAUCGAGAGGUGAUCUGGAGGCAAAUAUUCUGGACCAGGAUUUCUGGAUGCUGGUCUACAGGAAAAUGAUCGAUAGCCAAAAUACUUUGACCGAGAUCCGGCUGUAUUCCUUCCUGUAUACGGUGUGGAAUGUGAUCGCACCGGAUGCGGAGCGCAAACUGGCAUUGUGCACGCAGGUCCUGCUGGCUUCGGAUGUAUUCGAGAGCAGGUUCAAUCAUUGGUGUCCCAUGGUGCGAGCCUAUUACAUGAGGCUCCUCUGUUGGCGCGUGGCUCGCUACGAUGGUGGUCAUCACGACGACGGCUUGACGAUACUGCAGAUGAUGCGAGAACGACUUCAGACGACUUGGGCGUAUCACAUGCAUCUCUGCAACACCAACGGACUCAGUCCGAUUGUGACUCCUUGCAGCCCGGCACCUGGCAGGAGAUUCAUCAUCGUCAGGACGGACAAUCAGGUCGGCCACGCGAACACAUUUCUUUCCUUUGAUGGCAUUCUACGAGCGGGGGAGUCUCCAACGCAAUCAAAAGAACCUCCGUGGAAACGUGCAAGCAUGGGCAUCAGCCUCAUUGACACCAUUGAAUCGCGGCCCUCGUCAAUCUCCUCAUCAACCCUCGAUUCCGACUCGGACUCUCGUGAAAAAUCUCCAGGCAUCGGAGGCUUCCUUCGCAAGAUGAUUGGGUCGAGAUCAAAGACCAAGGCGCAAGAUGCUGAGAAGAAGUCCACGGAGAAGGAUCAGUCUGCAUCCGUCAAGCCCUCCGCAGCGGACAAGGAGAGUGAAGCUUCGACGUCCACGGAGUCGGCCAGCGUACCGGUCUUCCGGCCUCUGACCUUCAAGUUCUCCCUCGAAGUGCAGAUGCACAACAGGCCGCAUCCUCCUAUGCGUCUCAAUCCUCCUCGGCUUCCUGGUCCAGCGCAGGACUAUCUGCUUGCAUCGUCUGCCAACGCCGUGCUUGCAACGCAACCGAUCGAGCCAAAGGGUGAGAGCGCCGCUAGAGCCCGAUACGCCGGUCGCGCGCUCGCUGAGUGGGCCAUCGUGGUCGGAGAGUGUGGCAGCUUCUUCGAGAGGAGAAAGAAGGAAGGUGCGCCUGGAGAUGCGGAUGUAGAGACUCCAGUCCUAGGCGUGGAGGUGUUCAAGAGACCCGGCUGA